CUGACGUUCAGCGACGUGGCUGUGAUGUUCACCCGGGAGGAAUGGCAGCUCCUGGCCCCUGCUCAGAAGGCCCUGUACCGGGAUGUGAUGCUGGAGAACUAUACAAACCUGGCAUCUGUUGCAACGUUCCCUGAGAGCCAAAUAUCCAGCAGGACUAGGUCCAAAAAACACCAACUCUUUAAGCAUCAGAAAAGAGAGAAAUUGCAUGUAGGCAGUGAAUGUGGGGAAGCCUUGGUCAAGAAGUCUUUCCUCACUGAUCAUCAGAUCCUUCACACUGGGGAGAAGCCUUACAGAUGCAAUCUAUGUGGGGAAAGUUUCUUUAAAAACUUCAAGCUCAUUGAACACCAUCACACGUUUCAUAAAGGAGAAAGACCGUAUAAAUGCUUGGAAUGUGGCAAAGCUUAUUUUUAUAAACCACAGUUCAAUGAACAUCUGAAAACUCAUUUGGCGGAGAAACCCUAUACGUGCAGUGAAUGUGGAAAAGGUUUCAUCCGGAAGAGUCAUCUUACUAUCCAUCAACGAACUCACACCGGAGAAAAACCCUACAUGUGCAGUCACUGUGGGAAAGGCUUCAUCAAGAAGACAGAUCUCACGGUCCAUCAGCGAACUCACACUGGAGAGAAACCCUACUCCUGCGGUCAUUGUGGGAAACACUUCAACCACAAGGGAAGCCUCAUUAUUCAUCAGCGAAUUCAUACUGGAGAGAAGCCUUACAUAUGCACCGAAUGUGGAAAAGGCUUCAAACAUAAGGGAAGUCUCAUUAUUCAUCAUCGAAUUCAUACCGGAGAGAGACCCUACGUAUGUAGUGAAUGCGGAAAAAGCUUCAACCACAAGGGAAGUCUCGUUAUUCACGAGCGAAUCCAUACUGGAGAGAAGCCCUAUGUGUGCGGUGAAUGUGGGAAAGGCUUCAUCCAGAAAUUGUGCCUCAUAGCGCAUCAGAGAUUUCACACCGGAAAAACGCCCUUUUCAUGCAGUGAAUGUGGAAAAGCUUAUUCUCAGAAGUCAAGUCUCAAUAUCCAUCUGAGAACUCAUACAGGUGAAAAACCCUACAAGUGCAGUGAAUGUGAGAAGGUCUUUGAAACGAAGCAAAAGCUUGUUGUACAUCAGCGAUCUCACAUAGGAGAGCCCCCGUAUGGUUGCACCGAAUGUGGGCGAACUUUUGCCUCUGCUUCUAACUUCUAUUCACAUCAAAAAAAACACAAAAGAAAGAAACGUGCAGACUCAGUGAAGGUGGAAGAGCCCUCCGCAGCAAAUCACCUGUCACCACCUACCAGGGAUCUGCAGGAGAAAACGCCUGUUAAUACAAUGACUAUUCAGAUGCCUUCUGUGGCAGCUCAGACAUCUGUAAACCCCAGUGGGCUUCUAACUAGUAGGAAUGUAUUCUUUGUGGGGCAGCCUGCUGCUGCUAGAGGUGAAGUCUCAGGAGGUAACAGAGAAUUUGUCCAGCAGCGAAACCUUCUGAACACAGUGAAUGUGGUAGUACCCAUGAGCGCCGUGACUGUGGUAAUGCCUCCAGUGUCUGAUUAUAUCGUAGUUUAUGCCCCACAAAACCCGUAG